AUGAUCAAGGACACGCUCUAUAAUGUGCUUUUUGCUUCGAAAGAUGGUAGGGCAUUGCAUCGGGUUUUGAUCUGUCAGACCAACAGCGCGCGGCUGUGCACAUCCAAUCCUACGAUCCAAAUCAAGGCUUCGUGUCUCCCACCCUCGUGGUUUGUUUCACUCGUACCUUACAUGCAGAUUCCGGUGGGCUAUGGUGAAUGUGUGUCCAUGGACAUCGAUCGAACACAGAAACAGAUGUGCACCGCAUCAACGGACAAGUUUUGCUAUGCUAUGAAUCUGCAAUGCUGCUGCGUCUCUUCAAGGAUUCGAUGUCCAACGGCGGCGAAGCGGGCUCGUUUUACUUCACGAUGCAAAUAUAUUGCUAUCAGUGGCGAUAACCACCUGGUUUCGCUCGUGGAGCCUGGAAACGAAAAGAUCAAACUCAGCUUCUCCAUCUCGGAAUACUCGGAUUUAUUCGCCUGCAAUCCGGAGCGAAACAUGAUUGCAGUGGUGAUGGGAAAGAAAGAUGACAGGAAAAUCAACUACUACGUGGAAAUAGUGAAAUUUGAGUUUUUUACUACAUUUUUGUUACUAACCCUGAGCGUAAUAAUUGCGAUGAAACCAGAAGCAUCUUCUUCUGGAAUUGCUGCUGUGGACGAAGCAGUGAAAAAUCCGGAACUGAUGAUCAACUACAAUAUCGAUGACUCCAUGAGUCCCAUUCACUUGUUCUUCCGCGAUUAUACUGGAACAAUCCUGGCCUAUAUUGCGAUUAUUAGUUUCUAUUUGGUGAUUGUUUUGCCCAGUUCCUGGGUUUCUUGGUUAACACCCUUCUUUCAAAUCCAUGGCAAAAUUGAUGUUGAGGGUCAGACCCUCUACGAAAAGAGCAUUAAUGACCUAUAUACAGUGGUCUCGUUCACGUUUCUACUCUUGAUUGUUCGCUAUUUUCUGUGCAACACCCUGUUCAGUCUCAUUGCCAAAUGGCUCAAAAUCGAAAACAGAACAGUGUUGGAUGGUUCUCUAUUACACCUUUUCAUUUUCUACAGGAUUGUCUUUGGUUUACAAAUAUGUGGGAUUUUCGAUGAAGAAUAUUUCAAGGUGUUUUACAUGAUCCAGUGUGCUUUUUACUUCCAUCUUAUCGUUCUUUUGUUCACAGAGAAGCACCGAAAAGAUAUGUGGGCGAUGUUUAUCCACCACAUCAUCACAAUCGCGCUCAUCACAAUAUCGUACAUCACCAAUUUUACGCGCAUUGGACUUGUGGUAUUUGCCAUCUUCGAUUGUGCUGAUGGACUUCUUUCACUCUCGAAGAUUAUGCAAUAUGCUUGGUGGGUGAUUCCUGGAUACAUUUGCUUCGCGAUUUUCACCGUUCUCUGGAUUUAUACGCGCCACUAUCUCGUGAUCGUUGUUAUGGUCAGCAUUGCGACGCAGGCACAGCAAUACCUUCCGAUUAUCUGGGAUCCAGCUCACGGAUACUUUGUUUCGAGAACUUGGUCCAAGCCUGUGUUCCUCACCCUCUUUGGACUGCUAGAGCUCCUCCAAAUCUUGUGGCUCAAAAACAUUUUGCGAUUGAUCUACAACCAGCUUUUCCAUGGAGUUUUGAUUGGAGACGACCGCUCCUGUAAAGACGAAGAAUAG